ACUGAAUAUUUCCCCCCGUCUGGGAGACCUGUGUAAUCAGCGGAACACGCUUGAUGUUGGACUUUCCAAAGAGCUGAGAAGUAGAACCUCAAAUAGACGAGCUGACACGCUGACCGCUGGCCCUCAAACAGCCAUGUACAGCAGCUAUCCGCAGGCGAAGUUCGCUCUGGAUACAAAGAAAAUGCAAAAGUCCAAGGCCAAGAGCUGCGGCUACUACUGGAGGAUCAUCUUCUUGUUCAGCUCGCUGAUCCAGUCGCUGAUCAUCGUGAGCCUGGUGCUGUUCAUGGUGUAUGGGCACCCGGAGCAGUCCUCGGAGGAGAAGCGUGUGCAGGACCUGCAGCACAACUUCAUGAAGCUCACCACUGAGAACAAGGCUCUGCAGCAGGUGAAGGGGAACCUCACACGCGUCCUCAACACCACCCUCACCAAGAAGCUGAAGGACGACCAGGACCUCCAGAAGCUGCGAAGACUCACGAACAUUUCCAUCAUCAACAUCAACAACUUAAACUACAAACUGUACAUGUGUGAAACGGAGAAAAAGAACAUGCCGAGAAUUUCCCUGACACCGUGCACCAACAAAAACCCAGGCACUGAUAACCUGAUAUCCCAGCUGCAGGCCAUGUACCAGCUCCUGAGCACUAACUUCACACAGACGGUGAAGCACCUGAACCGGGAGCUGGAAGUGGCGACCCGGGCGCGGGAUGAUCUGCGGCUGGAGAGCAUCAGCCUGCGGAGAAACGCCACAGACCUGCAGCGGCAGCUCAGCGCCUACAGCGCCAAGUGUAAGGGCGACUUCGUCCAAUCGCUGAACGGCAUCCAGGCCGUGACGCGUGCAUUCAUUGCGCGGAUCGCCGGUCUGUUCCCGGCCGUGCUGCCGUUCCAGCUGACCUGCGAGAAGCAGCGUGACCAGCUGCAGCAGAUCCACUCCAACUGCAGCCGUCUGUCACAGCAAGUAGAGGACAAGUUCCAGAGCUACCUGGACAAUGUGGGCUCGCAGGUGAGCAGCAUCCAGGCACAGAGCAGCCGGCUACAGGUGCAGAAUGACCGUUUGCAGGAGGACCUGCGCUGGUGCCAGCAGAAUCGCUCUGCAGAGCUCGCUCUGAACAGCAGAAGGCGCCAGGAGGCACAGGCCCAGCACGACAGGGAGGUGGAGCGCCUCCUGCAGGAGCAGAAGAAGCUGCAUGAGGAGAGGGAGUUACAUAAACACACCAUCACUCUGAAGACCAGCGAGAUCAACCUCCUCACCAACAACAUCCUCACCCUCAACAUGUCCCUCAGGAACUGCAUCCCCAAGCCCCCUCCAGCCAGAAUCCCAUGGCUGUAUCAACCGUACGCCUCACCUGGUCCUCCUGGAGCCAGGCCAGGGCAGACUUUUCUAGCAACAGUGAAGAAUCCACCAGAGAGAACCCGCCAAGGACCCACAGACCCGGGGGUGUACACAAAGACUCCCGGACAGGGUUCCAGCUUUUAUUCAGAUGUUCAGAAGCAUGUAAAGGAGCUCCAGGAAAUGGCAAACAAGGACUCUGGGGUCUCUGGGUAAUUCCAGGGAAGAAUGAAGACGAACAUUCCCAGCGCUAAUCUCCGGCCUUCUGGAACUUUCUGAGUGGAGAGAUGGAGAGGAGAAGACACCAUUCGGGCUCAUUGCUGUCCUGUUACUUUCUCUGUAUACACUCAUUUAAACCUGCUGUAGACCAUUCAGACCAGUUAUCCACCUGCACCUUGUAAACAGCCAUGUAUGGGAUGUAUAUACGUUCAUAAAUAAAACAUGAAUAAAUAUAAAUAUAUUUUAUUAUGGGAA